UCGCGUAGGAGGCAGCGGAGCCAAGCAGUUGAAGGACAUCAAAUGAAACAGGAGAGCUUACAGCGGGUCCUCUUGAGUUUUGUGCGUAGCCUGUCCUCCGAGCCAGGAGACAGUACGUUUUAGACAAAAACAUGGAAGACAAAUCUAAUUCGUUCUCCAGCAAUAAAGAAGGUGAGAAAGCGGACGGGAACAAUGUUUUUCAGAGGCAAGACUCGAUACAGAAGAAUAAUAUGGGGAGCCAGAACAUGAAAGCCGGGGACCAUGGGAACUCGGUGGGCUUCAAGGGGGACCGGGAGGAAGCAUUGGUUGGCUUCGAUGACCUAGACGGUUCCGGAAACCGACAUGGUUUUAUGCAGCGGCAAUUUGGAGCGAUGAUGCAGCCCGGCGUCAAUAAGUUCUCACUGCGAAUGUUCGGCAGCCAGAAAGCUGUUGAGAAAGAACAAGAAAGAGUCCAAACUGCGGGAUACUGGAUCAUUCAUCCCUAUAGCGAUUUUAGGUUCUACUGGGACUUGGUAAUGCUUGUCAUGAUGAUGGGCAACCUGAUCAUCAUUCCUGUAGGAAUAACCUUCUUCUCUGAGCAGACCACCACCACCUGGUUAAUAUUCAACGUGGCGUCUGACACCAUCUUCCUCGUGGAUCUGGUCAUGAACUUUCGCACCGGGAUCGUCAACGAGGAAAGCUCAGAGAUCAUUCUGGACCCCAAGGUCAUAAAAAUGAACUACCUGAAGAGCUGGUUUGUGGUCGACUUUCUCUCGUCCAUACCAGUGGAUUAUAUCUUUUUAAUAGUGGAGAAGGGCUUCGACUCAGAGGUGUACAAGACGGCAAGGGCGUUGAGGAUCGUGAGGUUUACUAAGAUUCUGUCUCUUCUGAGGCUUCUGAGACUUUCUCGACUCAUCAGAUACAUUCACCAAUGGGAGGAGAUUUUCCAUAUGACCUACGACCUGGCCAGUGCUGUGGUAAGAAUAUUUAAUCUGAUAGGGAUGAUGCUUCUACUGUGCCACUGGGAUGGUUGUCUACAAUUCCUGGUCCCCCUCCUACAAGAUUUUCCCCAAGAUUGCUGGGUGUCGCUAAACGGUAUGGUUAAUGACUCGUGGGGUAAGCAGUACUCGUAUGCCCUGUUCAAGGCAAUGAGCCACAUGCUGUGUAUUGGAUACGGCGCCCGGGCACCCGUCAGCAUGUCCGACUUGUGGAUCACCAUGCUCAGUAUGAUCGUGGGCGCGACCUGCUACGCCAUGUUCGUGGGCCAUGCCACCGCUCUCAUCCAAUCAUUGGACUCAUCCCGCAGACAAUACCAGGAAAAGUACAAACAAGUGGAGCAGUACAUGUCAUUCCAUAAGCUACCUGCAGAUAUGCGACAGAAGAUCCACGAUUACUAUGAGCAUCGCUAUCAGGGAAAAAUCUUUGACGAGGACAACAUCCUCAGUGAGCUCAAUGACCCACUCAAAGAGGAAAUUGUGAACUUCAACUGCCGGAAGUUGGUGGCUACCAUGCCACUGUUCGCCAAUGCUGACCCCAACUUCGUGACAGGCAUGUUGAGCAAGCUUAAGUUUGAGGUUUUCCAGCCCAACGAUUACAUUAUCAGAGAGGGCACUGUGGGCAAGAAGAUGUACUUCAUCCAACAUGGGGUUGCCAGUGUCAUCACGAAGCUCAACAAAGAGAUGAAGCUGACUGAUGGAUCCUACUUUGGAGAGAUCUGUCUACUGACAAAGGGAAGACGCACUGCCAGCGUUCGCGCUGACACCUACUGCCGCCUCUUCUCUCUCUCUGUGGAUCACUUCAACGAGGUGUUGGAGGAGUACCCCAUGAUGCGCCGUGCUUUCGAGACUGUGGCGAUUGACCGCCUGGACCGCAUCGGGAAGAAGAACAGCCUGCUCCUCCAGAAGUUCCAGAAGGAUCUGAACGCUGGGGUGUUCAACACCCAGGAGAACGAGAUAUUGAAGCAGAUUAUCCGUCAGGACCGAGAGAUGGUGAUGAUGGUGGACCGCAAGCAGUCGGUCACAGGGAUGUCUGUCACAGGGAUGUCAGCCACCGGGAUGAAUUCCACCCCGAUAUCCGGAAACUCCAUCAUUAACUCGCCGGCUCAGCCGCCUUACACCACUGCCCUGGGAAACAACCAAUUCCAGCAGUCAGCCGUCAUUCCCCCCUCCGCCUCAACCGCUUCCCGCAUCCUGCCAGCCUCAGGGCAGGGUGUAUACCCAAUCUCCAGUGUCUCCCACACCAACCUGAAUUCAUCCUCGUCAGUCCCGCAAACCCCACUCUCUCUCCAGCAGCAGGGGGCCAUCAUGUCCCCAGUGUCUUUCACCACGGCUGUGUGCAGUCCACCUGUGCAGACCCCUGGAUUGGCAGGUCGCAGUUUCCAGUACGGAUCGCCCACCGCAUCCCAGCUCUCCCUUAUCCAGCAGCCGACGCCCACUGCCCUACCGCCCCAACAAUCACAGCCACCACAGCAACCACAACAGCUGCCCCAGCAACCAGGAGUCUCUUCGGCUUCUUCUUCGUCAACACAACAGCAACCGCAGCAGCCGUCGCAACAGCAGCCAGUUCCCUCACCUAAGAGGAGUGAGAGCCUACACAAGGGCAGCCACGCUCUCCAGUCGGGAAGCCUGAGUCGAGAUGUGCGACACCUCUCUGCCUCUCAACCGUCCCUGCCUCAUGACGCAUCCCUGGGUCCUCGGGCCCACCCAGUGGCGUCCGGGGACUCCUUGGCCUCCGUCGCCCCGCAAGUGGCUGCUGUCCAGGGCACAGGUAUGCAGAGUGGUCUCCGCACCACAGUGCCCCAGAGGGUCAAUCUGUUCCGCCAGAUGUCAUCAGGAGCAUUACCCCCAGUGCGAGCAGCUUCCUCUGCGGCCCAGCACAGAGAUCCCACUGGCUCUAGGAGAGAUUCUAGAAGAGAUUCUAUCUUAAGCAGUACAGAGACAGAGCAAGACAAGAUGCGGUUUGCAUCCAAUUUAUGAUCCCAUUUUUUUUAAACUUCUGUUUCAAGUUAUUGGUUAUGGAUGGUAAAAUAUGAACUUAUUUUUUGUUUUCUCAAAUUUCUUCUUAAAAAAGAACCUCAUAGAAUUACUGUACAGUACACCCUUGUAUUAUAUUUUAGACAAAUUUCUUCCUUAAACUUAAGAAUGUAUAUUAAAAAAAAUAUAUAUAUAAAUAUGUGUAAAUCCAACUAGAAUAUUUGGACUUUAAAAGCUGUAGUAUAUAAACAUGAGUCUUCCUUUCCGAAAAAUAUACAUAUACGUACAUAUACAGUGUAUGGAGAAGAUUUGAUGGUGGUGCGGGAAUUGUUGUUCGUGUUAGUUUUUUUCUUGGUUUGUUCUUUUCUGUUUUUGGUACUGGAAUGCAUUGUGAAGAAUCCUGAAUAUGACUUUUUUUGUUUUGUAAGAGGAACAAAAAGAUUUUCUCAGAUUGCGCUGCUUUAUCACCACUGUGGAAUAACUGACAUAAGCAAACCUUGAAACUGUCAAAAAGCACACACACACUCAAACAUAAAUCUGACGGCAAAUUUGCGGGACCUUUAUAUUCAUCUUAGCAAUCAAAAACAGGUAACGUAGCUAGGUGUUCCAUUGUGCUCAGCGAUACUUCCUCUUGAGCCACAUUGUCCAUUUGCAGUGGUUAGUAAAAGACCAUGACAGUGUUAUGGGUCCAAAGGGAAAGAAACAUAGAAUUGCUGCUUUUCUUUUUUGUUGUUGCUGUAGAGAAGGAUGAUGCGUGUGGUGUGGGCGAGAGAUGGAUGAUGCAGUUUUUUCUAUUCCUAAUUUCAGACAGUUAUAAAUGUUAUGUAAUGUUGCUUCAACAAAAAAAAAAAAACCUGUGUACAUUUAUAAUAUUUAUAAACGAAAGAUUAUCACCAUUAUGCAAUAGACUGUGAUAUAAAGAUUAUCUAUGUGUGUUGUAAAUAGUUUUGUAGAUCUAGUAUUACAGAUGUUACAGAUAUUGUGUGGUGCAUUUUCAAUCAUAACAAUGUCUUACUUUUUUCAGGAACCUGUUCAUCAUUUAUAUGCGUGAGAAAAAAAAAUAAUUGAUAAAUAUACAUGUCUUCAUUAGAGAUAAGAAAACCUUAAUGCAAUAGCUAGCACCACUUGAGAAAUGCCUAUUCCGAAGUACAAAAAAAAAUCCUCAUUCUUUUGCAUAGGAUAUGUCCUUGUUUUGUAACUUACUUAUGUAAAACAUCACAAAGGUACUGCUGUAUAUAAGAAGCGGAUAGGAAAUUCAUAAUUAUUUAGAAACUCCUACACUUGCUAUUUACAAUGUGGUCCCCUUAACACAUUAGAAACAUGAUGUUUUAGGACAGUAUUAUUCCUAGAAAUGCUAUCUAUGAUUUCAAUAAUAUGGAUUUGACUAAUAAUAUAAUAAUGCUACACAAUACAGUAAUGCCUUGUUACAGUGUUUGUUCAAGAUGUAUAUCAUUUCUUUGUGUGGGUUUGUGAUGGAGGAGUUACAGCAAUUAACAACUAUAAGUCUGACUAACCACACAUCUAACUACAAUCACUGUAAAAAUGAAUCAUUGUUGAAUGUAUCAUUCUCUGACAACAAAUGUUUGUGGUUGUUUUGACACAAUUUGAGUCUCUGAUGUUUUUUCAUUAUCCACUGGAAGGCUUCUAUGUAGAAGCAUAGUUCCUCCAUAUUUCCUUUUCAUUGACUUUUCCCUAUCUUAUAUUGUAAAUAAUGUGGUCAUAUAGUGGGGCAGUUCAAAUUCCUGUUUAAAAUCCCAUUUAUCUAAA